CAAGUCAAGUAUUAUCUGUCUGUUUUUAACGACGAGCAAACGGAAUAAAGUCGACACGCGUGCAUUUCUUCAAGUUUUACCGUAUUUCGUUUAGAUUUUGUAGACAGAUUUGUGUUGGGACUAUAAUAUUAUUGUUUAUAAAUCAAAUCAAAAUGACUGAAGUAUCAGAAGUGUCAACCUCCUCCCCAACUGAGUUGCUGGCUGUGGGCCGCAGGCAUUUGGCUGUGAGAGACUUCAGUGCGGCUGCAAGUGCCCUAGCACAAGCAUGUGAGGGACUUGCUAAAGAACAUGGAGAUACUGCUGACCAGUGUGCUGAGGCUUACUUAUGGUAUGGAAAAGCCUUACUUGGUCUGUCAAGAGAAGAAAGCGGUGUCCUUGGUGAUGGCGUGCCUGGCUCAGGAAAUGCUGAUGAAGAGGAAGAAGAUAAUGAAGAACAAGAAGAGAAUGGUGAAAAUGGUGAGGCUGAGGCAGAAGCAGAAGCAGCAGAGAAUGAGAAAGAAAAUGGAGAAGUUGAGAAGAGUGAGGCAGAGUCCACAACUAAGGAUGAGGAGCCAGGCAGCAGUGCUGCUCCUGAAGAAAGUGAAGAGCCAGGUACAACAAACGGCGACGCUCAUGAUGAAUCUGUGAUGAAUGUGGAUGCUGAGGAUGAUGUUGACAACCUACAACUUGCUUGGGAGAUGCUUGACUUAGCACGCAGUAUCCUGUACCGUCGCGUACAGGAUUGCGGUGGGGACGCUGCGCGCGCGCUGCUGGCCGACGUACAUCUUGCACUUGGAGAGGUUGCACUUGAGAGCGAGACCUACGACAAGGCAGUCAUUGAUAUGCAAAGCUGUCUGGAUCUGCAAAAAGAACUAUAUCGUAGCGACGACAGGCGUAUUGCCGAGACUCAUUACCAAAUUGGUCUUGCAAAUUCCCUGGCAUCAAACUUCGAAGACGCCAUUACACACUUCAAGAAUGCAGCGAACAUUCUCGAAACUAGAAUCAAAACUUUGGAGAACCCAGCUGCUGUCACUGAAGAUGCUACUGUCAAGAAAUUCUCUACAGCAGACCCAUUCUACUCUGUUGAGGGUGAAAUUAAGGAGUUGAAGGAACUUCUGCCUGAGAUACAGGAGAAGAUUCAGGAUAUGAUGGAUUACAAGGCUGAGACGAUAAAACGAGUUCGCGAAACCCUGUGUUCAGCGAAUGGCGAUGGUGCAUCGACUUCUAAUGGUGCUGGACCCAGCUCUAGCUCAAGUUCCAGUUCAUCAGCUCCCAAACCAGCUGCGUCUGACAUCUCCCACCUCAUCAAGCGAAAGAGAAAGGCGAGCGAAGGAGAAGCGGAUUCCUCUGCUGCUAAGAAAGCCAACACGUGAAUGUUACAGUUCCACACAUCUAAGUACCUGUAAGGGCCUCAACGAAUCUGUAAAUUAUUUAAUAAUUUGUUUAAAUUGGAGUGUAUUCUUUGAGUCUAUGAGAUAGCAAUUAUCUCACAUUAUGCCUAACUUGGACCAAUGUAGUUUUUAAUGAAUAUGUAGAAAUUUAUCCAUCCUGUAUUUGAACUCGAAUUUGGAGAGAGCAAUAAUCGUAGUUUUAUAUGUAACAUUUAUUUAUGAGGUAGUCGCAACACCAAAGGAGUUACGAGCGCGUUAGUGCCCUUUUCGGGGUAAGGGUUUCGGAUAUGUAAGGAUUGGGAAGGGAUGGGGAGAGGGAGAGGGAUUAGGCCUCCGGCGACUUCACUCACACGGCGAAACAAAACGACGCUCUGCUUGUUUCACACCGGUUUUUUGUGAGGAUGUGGUUUCACUUCGGUCGAGCCGACCCAUUCGUGCCGAAGCAUGGCUCUCCAACACUUAACACAGUAUGGUAUUCUAGUGUUUUGUCAACAUAAAGG